AGCCACACGGCGGGACACAAACACACACACACAGCGAGAUGACCUCUGAACGCACAAAGCAGCUGCGAGAAGGAGCCCGCCAGGUGCGCUCCAGGGCCCGAGAGGGUGUCCGCGCCAGAGUGGAGGUGGCGAGCCGUCGGCCCCGGGGCCUCGUGUGCACGGGGCUGCUCGUCUUGGGCUACGCGGGCUUCCUGCUCGUGGGGGUCGCGGUGUUCGCGGCCGUCGAGGCGCCCGAGGAGGUGCGGUCCCGAGACUUGGUGCAGCAGCAUUUGGCCGUGUUCUUGCGCAACAACUCGUGCGUGAACAUGGACGAGCUGCUGAACAUCGCCGCGGCCAUCACCAUGGCCCAAAAGGCCGGCAUUCACGUGGCGACCAGCCCGGGCCGCGAGAGCAUCAACUGGAACCCCGAAGGGGCCUUCUUCUUCGUGGGGACCACAGUAUCGACCAUCGGUUAUGGGAACCUGGCUCCCGCCACCGUGACGGGCAAGGUGUUCUGCACCAUCUUCGCCACCUUCGGGAUUCCGCUCAACCUGGUGGUGCUCAACAAGGCGGGCCAGGCCACCCUGCACGGCGUCGAGUUGAUCGCCGGGGCCCUGCGGAAAAGGGGGCUCAAGGAGUGCCAGGUGCGUUUGCUGAGCGGGGGGCUCUUCCUGGGCGUGGGGUUCGCGCUCUUCCUGCUCAUCCCGAGCGCCGUGUUCAUGACGGUGGAGGGAUGGGGCUACGCCGAGAGCUACUACUUCUCCUUCAUCACGCUCAGCACCAUCGGCUUCGGGGACUACGUGGUCGGCAGGAACGAAACCGUGCAGUACCCCGCCUUCUACAAGACGCUGGUGGCCGCGUGGUUCUUCUUCGGCCUCGCGUGGCUCUCCGCGCUCUUCAGCGCCAUCACCGGCGCCUUGGAGCGCGCCGUGAGCGAGACGGGGCGAGCGGAGCCGGAGAGACCCCGCGGCGGCGGCGGGGAAGGGGCCGCGGGGUGCCCGGCGGCGCGGCCGCCCGGGGCUCGGCCGCCCCUCCCCCAAAGGGAGGGCGGCGGCCGUCGCAGACGCUCGGAGUUCGAGUUGUUCGUGAUACACACCUUCGACGCCCGCUCCGAGAUCCCGCUGAUGGUGGUCGGCAAAGGCACGUAGCCUCCGCGCGAGGUGGCCCCGUGAUCAGCGCCACCACCGCCACCACCGAACAAUGGACGUGAAAGCACGCCUUGAGCCCUGACCCCUAACCCCUUCCCCUCCAUCACCCCGGGACGGCGCCGUGAGCGCGUGCCGGGCCUGUCCGGGGCAGAUCGAGUGUGAGUCCAAGAGACGGUGGUGAUGAGCGAGGUCGGCCGUGAGUCAAUGAAGUCGGUGCCGAGUCGAUUGAGAGAAGAGUCGACGAGUCGCCGGGCGAGGUGGAGCUGAGGACCCCCCGAGGAGCACGGCAAGGACGACCCUGUUGCUGCUGCUGCAUCAGGACUCGGGGCCCCGCGUCUCGCGGUCCGCUCGGCGCGCUGUGCCCGAACCAUAACCCCGAUAGGAAUCGAACUCAGGUGGCCGGGUUCGCAGUGCAGCGCGCGAGCCGCUGCACCACCGCUCCCCACCCGUCUGUGUGCGUGUCCACGUGGUGUUGAU